AGCUCUGAGAGUCGGGGGACGCAAAUGACCGUCGGUUCAACCAAGCGGAAGUUUCAAACAGCAAUUAGUGAGUUGUAAAGAAAGUAAUUCCUCCUAAUAGCGGAUUUAUUUGGCGCACAGAGGAUAAAUGAAGAGUUUAUGUGCGAGCAGAAGCUGAAAUGUCUCACAUUAAAGAGUACCUGGACAGAAUAAAUGGAGUUUAUCAGCGAUACACGGAAUAUGUGAAGAAGAAUCCAACUGCUGCUGCACAUCUGGAGAACACGGUGAGGACCCUGUCCUACCUGGUUGCAGGACGAUUUGCAGAUUCCCAUGAGCUAUCUGAGCUCGUGUAUUCUGCCUCCAACCUCCUGGUGCUGUUUAAUGACAGCAUCCUGCGUAAAGGACUGAGAUGUUCCCUCCCUGUGUCUGUGUCCCAGCAGAGGCUGCUGACGUGGCUUUCUGUCCUGGAGUACGUGGAGGUUUUCCUGGAGAUGGGAGCCUGUAAGCUGUGGGGGGAAGUCGGCCGCUGGCUGGUGAUCGGACUCAUCCAGAUAUUCAAGGCAGUGUUUCGCCUCAUUCUUCUUCUGUGGUAUAAAUCUGGCGUCCAGACUUCCCCUCCCAUCGUCCCUCUGGACCGAGGAGCAGACUGUGGAGAUGAAGCCGGCAUGGAGCAGCAGGAGGAUCUCUACUUUGUGGGCCAGAGGUCAGGACGAGUCAUUCGGCCUCUGGGCAGCGCUCCGUCCCUCCAGACCCGGCUGUUUGGAGCUCAGAAGAAGACGAGGAGCAGCUGGAAGGAGAAACUCAGCAGCAAACCGACUCCUCUGGGCCUUCAGGAGACGAUCGCUGAGUCCAUUUACAUCGGACGGCCGCUCGUGCACCUUCUCUGCCUCGGACUCUGUGGAAAACAGUCCUGGAAGCCGUGGCUCGUCUCAGGAAUCCUCGAACUCUCCAGCUUUGCUGUGCUCAGCGACGCCAAAUUUCAAAAUGGAUGGGAGCGAGCCGAGAUGAGAAGGAGAAGCUUCCUGCUGCUGUACUACCUCCUCAGAUCGCCUUUCUACGACAAAUACUCUGAGGAAAAGAUCGUCUUCCUGCUCAGACUUCUGGCUGAUCAUAUUCCAGGAGUCGGACUGGUGGCGCGUCCUCUGAUGGAUUACCUCCCAACCUGGCAGAAGAUCUACUUCUACAACUGGGGCUGAAGCUGCUCUCAGAUCUGUGAUGUUGUGAAGCAUCGAAUCGUUCUUUCUGCAGACUCUGAACAUAAUUCAAUGAAAUGAUUGGAAAAGACGCCGCUCAGACUGACGUGUUUUGUAAAUGAUGUAACGCAGUUUCUGUACGAGUAUGUUCCUAUUCUGAUUUCUACGUAGGAUUUUACAACAUUGUUUUAGGGUUCGCCCUAAGCAGCGGUUGGACGAAAGGAAACCAUCUGUUUGGAUCUGGAAACCAUCUGGAAACCAUCAUCUUAAAUGUUGUUGGGGACUUGUGUUUCUGCACGAUGCUACCACGCUGGAAUAACUUUGUCUCUGUUUUUUAACAACUGUAAUUUCUCAGUAGCUAAAUGCACAGAGUCCUUAAAAUUUAUUCUGUCAGACAGCACAUUAAAAUAAUAAAUCUCCACCAGCAGGCAUCAUUUAGGAUCCCCCAACCUGCCACUGACUUUAAAAUGUGUCAUCUUUAAUAAACAAGGGUCAAAUUUAAAAGAAUUGUUUUCCAACUCGGACAGAAUCACGUUUGACUCGUGGUGCCACCAGAAAAGCUCUUUCUGGAAAAUCUUGUGUUUCUUGCAGAGAAGUCAGGAGUAACUCAGCGGUGACCAAGAGGCUCUGGAUGAAAAUUCUGGGAUGUUUUCAAUGAACUGCAGUAAAAGUGAAGUUUAAUUUCCA